CAAAAAUAUCGAGGGAAAAGAGAUCACGGAUAUAAAUGUAAAGAGGAUUCUACGGAACCAAACAACUACCCUAGAAGACGAAUCUGCUGAAGCUGCUAAUGAAUCUGAGAGGCAGCAAAGAGCUCUAGUGCGAUCUUGUUUCUGAACGUGAAGCAAAACAAUGAGCGAGAGAGGAACAUCGUGUUGCAGAACCGAAGAGGACAGGAUAAGCUUCUUACCUGAUGACUUGCUGUGUCAGAUACUCUCUCAUGUUCCUACAAAGACAGGUGUUAUGACUAGUGUUCUGUCUACCAGAUGGAGAACUAUCUGGCUUUCGAUACCUAUCUUGGAUUUGCACACUGAUGAUUUCCCUAACUUCACCGCCUUGGCGAGCUUCAUCUCCCGUUUUCUAGAUGGCUCAUCAUGCUUACACAAGCUCAAACUUGCUUUCGGCUCUGGGAGACCUAUUCGAGAUAUCUCUAAUGAGUUUAUGAGAUUAGCUUUUAACUUUACGGGAAUUAUUGGAGAUAUCUCUAGUAAUCCCGCUUAUUUGAUGACGCAAUGGAUCAACAAUGCAGUUACACGUAAAGUUCAACAUGUAGAUAUCUUAUAUCCUACAAAAGAUAUCUUAGCUCGUUGGAUUGUAGGCAUGAUGAAGAUGCCACUAAGCAUCUACACCUGUGAGACUCUAGUAUCCUUGAAACUCUGUAACGUGUCAUUGGCUGAUUCGGAGAAUUUUUCUCUACCUCGUCUCAAAAUCAUGCGUUUAGUAGGCAACGUUUACACUAAUGAUGCCUUUCUGGAGAAGCUUAUCUCAUCUUGCCCGGUUCUUGAAGAGUUAGUUGUUAGAAACAGAGAUACAGAGUACAACUUUAGGGUUUUACAAGUUUGUUCCAAGUCAUUAAAGAGUCUUGUGGUUGAUCUCGAUGGUAGAGAGAAUGUGUUCAAAGAUUUUAGGGUUGUUGUGAUUGAUGCUCCUGGACUCAACAAUUUGAGACUUAAAGAUAACCAGUUCACAAUUUAUGUAAUAAGCAAUUUAGGUUCAUCUGCCAAGGUAGACAUUGAUGUCAGUUUUAAUUUGAAAAGAAGUGUAGUGAGAAGUGCAGUGAGAAUGAGAAGUUUAUACACAAUGCUCGUACGGGGCAUGACUACAAGCUCCUCAAAGAGAAGUGUAAUGAGAAGUUUCUUCACCAUGCUCUCGAGCGUAAGGGACAUGACUAUAAGUCAAACAACUUUAGAGGGCGUAUGUCUCAACUUGAAACAUAAACCAGAGCCUCAGUUUUCUUACUUGAUCAGAUUACAUGUGAUCUUGUAUAACUCUGAUCUGGGGAAGUUGCCAAACAUUCUUGAGUGCUGUCCAAAUCUCAAAUCCCUUGUCUUGGAGUUGAGUAAUCUUAAGAAGGAGGAACUACUUUUUUCCUCAUCGUCAUCAGUUCCAGUAUGUUUAAGAUCAUCCCUGGAGUACGUUGAGAUAAAAACACCGAUGAGCGGAGCUGUUGCGGAAAUAGAACUAGUGAAGUACUUCCUGGAGAACUCGACGGUGCUCAAGAAGUUUAAGAUGUGUUUGCGCUGUGGGAGAAAGAACGAAGAGUCAAAAAUCUUGAUGGAACGCUUGAGACUGAGCAGAUGCUCUCCUUCUUGUGAAGUUGUUGUUCAACUUGAAGAGUUACGAGAAGAGACUUCUCUCAAACUAUGAUUAGAUACUACAACUUUUUGUAACACUUGCAGUUUCAAUUUUAAGAACAAGAAUUGGAUUUUAACUAUGGUUUG